GGACACGAAUUUCUGAACAUUUAGACUCUAACUCGAUCGUCACGCUGAGACUGAGGACCAUGGCUCUGGCUUUGUUCGGACACAGCUUCGUCACCCGGAUCACGAAACACCCAGCCCUAGAUCUAGUGGACACACCGGUGCAUUACUUCGGUUUAAACCGGGGGACUGCGCGGCAGAUCCUCUUCCAUAACAUCACGCAGAAUAUAAUACGUGUACGACCAAGGAAAAUCUAUGUUCAGAUUGGAGAAAACGAUAUAAACUUCGACAGUGACCCAUUUCAAAUAGUUAAGGAUAUCACCCGGAUUGUAAAUGUUUUCAGGGAUAUUCCUGACCUUGAACAGGUGACCCUGGGACGAUUGUUUAAACGGUAUCGACAUCGUGGAAUGUCGGUGGAGGGGUACGAGAUACAGCGAACAAUAAUCAACUUGUGCUUGCAGAAGAGUUUCCAGGAUGAUGAUAUGGUGUCUUUCCGGAGUUUGAAUGGGAUGGAGGAAUGCGACAAGGAAGAUCUCUAUGACGGUGUUCAUUUACACAAACGAUUACACAAUCGUUACGUGGAGGAAAUAAAGAACAUCUUAUUAGAAUGAAAUUAACCUGACACAGUGCUGGGUAUUAAUUACAAUGCUUUUGUUAUCAAUUUAGUUGUAUGGCGUGAUUGUAGAAAUGAUUUGAAUUAUUUCAAACUUAGCGAAGGAAUAGACAUACGCACUGAUACAUGUAUGUAGAAACAUUCAUGUGAUUUGUACUUGUACACGUGUGCCGUGACUAUAUUGUUAUGGAUUUUGACUUGAUUAGUAUUUGUAGAUUCAUGAAAGUGUAUGAUUUAAUUAUUGUUUGUUUACGACGUAUUUGUAUUUGUAUAUGCUAAAACAUGCAAUAAAUAAAUAAUCGUUUCAUUCUA